AUGAACCAGUCUCAGUCGACGCUGACCAUGUUGCUACGCGUGGGUCUCAAGCGCAGGGCGUCUUCCGAUAACUCGGUCAUCGCGCCUGCGCCAGACCAGCGCGCACAAAACAUAAGGGCGAGCAACAGCACCGGCCAUCUUGUAGAGUCUAACCGCAUACCCAGCAACGGCGGAAACAUGACUGCAGGCGGUAUCUACUCGCGCCCCUCGCAGCACCCAGAGCUGCUCUUGACCAUCAAGUUCGAGCUGGAUGAGCUCAUCGACGCCGUGGGUGCCAACCGUCAGUCUCCGCCUGCCAGUCAUCAGGCGCGCAACGGCAACGACAACCCAGAGGCGCCGCAUUUCGGCUUGCCUGUGCAAAGGCAUCUUGCCAUCUUACUUUUUUCGAGCGGGGCAUCGAUAUCCUCCCAUCCGAGCAGACUCGCAUCUGUCCCCCUGGGUCAUGCGUCGUUCUCGGAGUCUAGAGACUCCGAGGACAGGUCUGCAUAUGGCAGCAGCGCUGCCAUUGAUCGCCAAGGUGCAGCUGGGGGAUGGUGCGCAUUGGGCAAGCUGGACCUCGACAAGGGCGCCGUCGAGCGCGUCGUUGGCCUGCUCGAUCGCAGGUACGCUAACGAGGCGGUCGCUGCCUCCACCGCUGCUGCUGCUGGCGCACAUCAGCAUGUGCACUCGCACCCCAGCGGCAGUCGCCGACGCAGCAGAUGCAGCGCCUCCCUUCUGCGCCGCAAACCCCAUCGGCGGCGGCUAUGA